AUGCCUCCCUCACCCCUGGAAGACCGCCUCUCCGUCCUCCAGCGCCCCAAGACCUUGGCUUUGCGCCUCAAUCACAGCUUCCCUGCCGACAAGCAGCUCCUGUCGCCCCGGGCGCGGAGACCCCCGAGCCACCCACCCCCUAAGGACCGAACCGGGGCUGCCCCACCCUAUCAGGAGUCCCAGGCCUGCCUCCCACCCCCCCACUCCCACACCAUCGACAUCAAGUUGACGGUGGGGGCUGGGCAGAGCCGGGCGCGCGAUCGCAACCUCUCCCUGCAGCUCGACCUCCAGCAGGGCAGCAGCAGGUCCUGCGGGGAGCCGGAGCUCAAGGUGCUGCUGCCUCAAGCCAAGCUCAAGAAGCGCUGCUUUAAGGAAAACUCACAGCCGGCUGGGGGGGACACCCCAUCACCUGCUUCCUCCUGCCUCUCCAGCCCCAGAGCGGGCACCAUGCACCCCUUGAAAGGCGGCUGCCGGGGCUGCUGGCGCUUGAUGCGCUGCGACGACACCAGCCCCAAGCCGGGGCUGCGCUCCCUGGGGUGCCUGUCGUGCCGCUCCAGUCUGGCCUCCCUCAGCUGCUCCCCGCCCUCGGUCAAGAAGCUGGGGUGCUUGCCCUGCACCCCGUCAGCCCUCAAGUCCCUGGCCUGCCUGGCAUGCAACCCCUCAGUCAAGUCGGUCAGCUCCUCCUGCAGCUUCUGCAGCAGCGACCCCAUCGUGGCCUACGACCCCCCAGCCAGGGGCUCGCCCCCAUCCAGCUACGACGAGGACGACUACAGCGUGCGCACCAUCUGGCCUGAGGAGCUGGCCAAGAAGAUGAGCCGUUCCCGCACCCAGCAGCAGGGGGCACCGCUGAUCCUGGAUUGCCGCAACCUGAUGCAGUACACCAAGAGCCAGCUGCAGGGCGCCAUGCACUUCAGUGUUUCGGAUGCGGCCGGCAGGCGGCGCCUCCAGCAGGGCAAACUGGCCGUGCUGGACUUCAUGGCCUCCAAGGACCCCCACGACUCCCUGCAGCGCCUCUGGCCCAAGGAGCAGCAGAACGGCUGCUGUACCGCAGUGGGGGAGACCCCUGCCCCUCCGGCCCCUCCUGAGCCCCCCAAAACCCUGCCCGCCCAGAACCUCCACCUGGUGCUGGACUCGCUCAAUAAGGAGGUGCAGGGCAGGAGAGGGAGUGUGGCGGUGCCGCCGUCAGAGCCGCUGGAGGAAGCUGGGGGGGCCCUGGAGGGGGUGGACGGGGACCCUGGGGGGCCACCCCUCACCCCCGACCUGGAGAGCGCCGAGCUGAGCCCCAUCCUGCCCUUCCUGUUCCUGGGCAACGAGCGCGACGCGCAGGACCUGGAGCGGAUGCUGAGCCUCAACGUGGGCCAUGUGCUGAACGUCACCACCCACCUGCCCCUCUACCACGCCCAGAGUGGGCAUCUGCGCUACAAGCGCCUGCCCGCCACCGACAACAGCCGCCAGGACCUGCGCCAGUACUUUGAGGAGGCCUUCGAGUUCAUCGAGGAGGCACACCAGCGGGGGAAGGGCGUGCUGAUCCACUGCCAGGCGGGUGUCUCACGCUCAGCCACCAUAGUCAUCGCCUACCUGAUGAAGCACACGCUGAUGACCAUGAGUGACGCCUACAAGUACGUCAAAGGCAAACGCCCCAUCAUCUCGCCCAACCUCAACUUCAUGGGGCAGCUGCUGGAGUUCGAGACGGAUCUCAACGCAGGGGUCACACCCCGCAUCCUCACCCCCAAGCUCAAGCUCACUGGGGUGGAGACCGAGGUGUGA